CACCUUAGUGAAAUAAUCUUCGAUUUUCAGUUGAAAUUCAGUGGUUCUCUGUAACACUUCGUCGAAUUUGGGGAUCACAAUGCAUACUUUUAAAAUACUACCAAUUUUUGCUGUACUAUCUUCAAUAUAUACAAUAACAAUGGCUUCUGCUGACGCCAAACCGCCACAUUACAGUGCACUCCGAGUUGUGGCAGAGGCAGCCAUUGCCGAUUGUUAUGAAGAUUCGGCUCAGAGUGUCAAAGUGCAGAUAACCGAUGAGGGAUUCGAUGAGAUAGUGAAGGGUUCCCGUACUAAUUUAACUCAUAAUGCGAAGUGUAUACGUUACUGCAUUAUGCGGAAAAAUGGCUUGCUAAAUAACGAUAAUUCCAUCGAUAAGGAAAACAUUUUGCAAAUAUUUCAAAUAAUUCAUCCACAAAUUGAAAAGGACUUACUACUGAAUGUGCUACAAAAAUGCUCCCAAGAAGCGGAUAAACAGGCCAAUAAUUGUGAGCGCGCUUUUGUGACGUCCAGCUGCAUUCUUCAGGAGUUGAGUGAAGAUGGUGUAACCGAUAUUUAAAGGCGAAUUUCAUUAAAUCCCGACCAAGAAGCAUACACAACAUAUUAUAUUAUCAUUUGUUCAUAUUAAUAGCAGUGCCAAUAAUCACAUGAUUUAAUUUCAAACAUUUAUAUCAUUUGAAAUUGUGUUUUAAGAUUCACAUAACGGUACAGAAAAUGAUUAUUAAUUCGAAUUUCCGUAAGGAAUGUAACAUUGAUCGUCCUUUAUGAGCUGUUCAUAAGUGCUGCCUUUGUUGCGUAAAAAAUAUUAUAUAAUUCUGGGGUAAAGCGUAUUAUUACUCCAAACACAAUUUAAUUGGAAUAGAUUCAGUCAAAUGAAAUUAUUAUUGGGUAAUAUAUCAGAGUAUUCUAAGUUCAACCCUGAUGGAAUUUUAAAUUUAACAAAAAAACUUAAAAAAUAUCAACAAAUAUAUUUCAUAUUUAUAAUCAGCAAAUAUCGAUAAAAAAUAAAUGGUGUUCCACGAAGUGGUGUCAAGUUGCCUAAAAGUAAGGAAUUAACUAAAAACAUUUCGCUUGAAACGAUAGAAAUACGAAUAAACUGGCAAACAAAUCAUAUAAUUAGUGUGAAGGCACCCGAAUAUAAGUUCUCAGAAGGCUUGGAGCGAACUCAAUUAUGAUAUGAGUAUUGAGGCAAACAGAAGAAACCCACAUACAUUUAGCAACCUUAAAUAUGAGACGCUAGAAAAACAAAUACCACAGGACACUCUUUACGCCGUAAAGGGUGAAGGACUUCAAGAAGUGGUUUGAAGCUGCUUCUCAUACAAUGAUGGAUGGUCAAUAAAUAUUAUUCAAGGCAUUAUAAAGCAGUUCAAAUAUAUAAAAAUUAUAACAAGUUUAUACUUCAUUAUAAAAAGAAAAAAAUCUAAAAAUGGAUCUUCCGACUUCAACUCCAUUGAAAAUGUGUGGAGGGAUAUUAUAUUUCUGAAAAAUAAAAAAAAAACUUUUUGAAGAAUGUAAACACAGAAAAGAACUAUCUGAUUAAAUAUUUGUUGAAUUAUUUUUUUACUUCAGUUAACGAUAGAUAUUUUUGAUUUUUCUGUGAAUUUAAAGACUUUUGUUGGUCCAUUGUUAUUUUUGUGAAACCAAAAGCAAGUCUUUGUAUUUAUUUAUGAAAACUCAGUAGUUUUCCCGUACCUAAAUGGGCACUUCUAGUUUUGUGAACACAACUGUAUGUAUAUUUUUGUU